GGCGGAGGGGGGAGCCUGGAAACCGCCCGCCCGGGGAAAGCGCCGCUUUGCAAGGCGCUUUGCAAGGUUUUUGCAAAGCUUUGCAGGACUACAGUGCCCCUCAUCCGCGGCCGGCGCAAGGAUCCCCGCAGCUAUGGCCGGGGCGCUUCCCGCGGGGCCCCGAGAGAGCCUCCCUUGCGCGGCGGCGCCCACCCCGCGGCCGCCCCCCUCGCCUUGCUGCAGGCCGGACCCCGCCGUGGCGCUCAGCCCGGAGCCGAGCGGCGGCGGCGGCGGCAUCGGCAUCCUGCGGCGGGGAGAGCAGGAGAAGCCGGGCCCCAGACACGUCCACUUUCGGAUUGCAGAGCCGGCGGCGGAGGAGAAGGAGCCCCGGGGAGCCCCCGCCAGGAGCCGCUCCCCUCCGGCCCCCCACCAGCUGGGGGCUCCGCUGCCCCACAGCAGCCUGGCCCUGGGGGCGGAGGUUCGCGCCACCCGGCAGCAGGCCUUCGACGCCCGGCAGGCGGCCGAGCAACUGGUGCAGCGCUCCUUCGUGGCUCGCUGCGCCGCCGAAGCUCGCGUGGGCGAGGGGCUGAACAUCCCGCGGGAGCAGCAGCUCUACCGGGGCCUCAUCAGCCUGCAGGUGCCGGCUGAGGAAGUGCUCAGCUCCGCCAGGCGCCCCCUCCUGCAGUACCAGCCGGGGGAGAGGAAGGAAGCGGCCGGCGAAGGGCCCGACUUGAUGACCUUUUAUAGGCCCCGGGAGCUGUUCACCGAGACCCCCUUCCUGGAGGUGGGGGGGCUGCCCCCCAUGAAGCUCCAGGCCCAGAGGCGCCACCCGGCCACCACCUUCCUCAUGUACCGGAAGCUCCAGCAGUGGGCCAGCUGAGAGAGGGGGGGGCGCUGGGCAGGACAAACACCCCCCCCCCCCCCACGUGGCUCUUUACACACAAACACACAACUACAAACACACACACACCCUGUGACCUCCUGUACAUAAACUGUAACUGCCAGCGAAUUGUGUGGUUCUUCGCUUCGCUCCUGGAAGGAUGGACACCCAAGUAGUGCGAGGGGGCCCUGGACUUACGACCGCGGUUCCCGUUGCUAAGCCAGGCAGUUGAGCCAAUUUUGCCCCGCUUUACGACCUUUCGUGCCACAGUUGCUAAGGGAGUCGCUGCAAUCAGGCGGCCCGUUCAGUGAAUCUGGAUUUUGUCAUGGAGUUUGCUUGUUGGGUGGUUCCCAAGUGGAUCAUGUGACUCCGCUCCCUCCCAACCGUCAUAACUAGGAGUCAAGAGGCCAAGCGUCUCAACUUUGAAUAAGGGACGCUGCAAGUGUGAAAAAGCGGCGGUGAGUCCCUUUUUUUUUCCUGUGGCCAUUGUAACUUUUGAACAGUCACUAAAUGAACCGUCGUAAGUGGAGCACUCUUCAGGCAGAGCUUGGCUUCGGUGCCAGCCGUGCCCCCCCGCCCCCUCCCUCGCCACCCCUCCCUCCAGAGACUGGCACAGCAGCAGCUAAUAAUCUGUAGGUUUUAUUUUUUAUAUAUAUAACCAACUUUUUUUAAAAGAUAAAACUCCGUUCAAACAAGAUCACUUUAGUACUACGGGGGUCUUUCUUUCUUUUUUUUGGGGGGGGGGUCUUUUGGGCCCUCUGAAAGGGCUGAGGGAGGGAGGGGGGGCUGCAGCUGGUUAUCUCCUCCCUCCUCCCAGGGCCCAAAAAAAAAAUUGGGGGAGGGGGGCAGAGGACCUUGUGGGGGCCCCCAGCCGCCUUCUCCAGAGGGGAGGCCUCUUGCCCCCCCAGCCCAAGGAAGCCCACCCUGUUCCAGGCAAGAGAUUAUGGGUUAUGUGGCGAGGCACAAAGCUUCCAUUUUGGAGGGGGGGGGGAGAAAGACACCCCUUUGUCCUCCCAGGCUUUGAA